AGGCAGGGUAAUACAUAUAUUGACAAAGUGUAUACUCAAGACCUACUAGAAAAGCCUCGGGAGUAUCUUUUAAAAGAUUGGAACUCCCAGUGGGAAAAGUCUUGUUUAUCAAAAGGUGGACGAUAUCGUCGUCUUCAUAUCAAAAUUAAUUUAAAACCUUGGUUUUCUAAGUUUCAUUUCCCAAAAAAAGUAACAUCUACCAUAUCGAGAUUAAGAUUUGGCCAUUGUAGUUUACCCAGUCAUUUAUCGAGAAUUGGUGUCGUUGACUCAGAUGCUUGUGAACAUUGCAAUACCAAUGGAAACAUCGAACAUACAUUAUUUGAAUGUGUCAAAUACAAAUCCAAACCACUUUAUGAAUUCCUUAUAAAAUUUCGUGCUCCUCUCCCUUGUGACUCCUACACUAUACUUUCCUUUGUUGAUUUCAAAUAUACUAAAGCUCUUAUUUCUUUUCUAACCUUCCAUAAUAUUUUAUUAUAAUAUCUUUUCUUCUUUACAUUACUAUAUUUUACUAUAUGUAUAUAUUGCCCUAGUUCCUCCUAUACCGCCUAUUUCUAAAGUCCCUGCUCCUAUCCCUCUACACUGGAAUAUCAUGGCAACUCGACACCUCAAGAUGAAGUUACUAUGUCGCCUUUGGCUGACUCGACUCUGGCUAAAAUAAGCUUCCGAAUGAAGUUUGAUCGCCAUAUUGAAGAAAAAAAAAAAAAAAAAAAAAAUAUAUAUGCUUUAGCCAAUUGUAGCCAAUUAGCCAUUGUAUGUAGCUUAAUAAUCAUAAUAUUCCAUUUUACUUUAUGCUUAAUAGGUAUAAACACAGGAAAUUUAAUUUAAUUUGCAUCAGUGUUCACUUUAGUCUUAUACCUGGAAAUAUCUAAGAAUAAUUAAAUAACAAUAGAAAUCAUGGCUGCACCGAUGGAAAGGAUUCAAGUUCUAGACGAAAUAGAAAAGGAUAUUAUCACCUGUCUACAAUGUGCAGCUCAAGCACUUCUUGAAUUGAGUAAAGAAAAAUCUGGUCAAAAACAAGCUGAAUCAAACACAUCACAGUUUUUAAGAACACUCAGUCAAGUGGAAUCAAAGUUGAGUGAACAAAUAAAUUACUUGACUCAAGUUUCAACUGGACAACCACAUGAAGGUUCUGGAUAUGCUUCACAGAAGGUUUUGCAAAUGGCUUGGCAUCGUUUAGAACAUGUCAGAUCAUGGGUGAACGAAUUGGAUCGUCUGAAAGCUUCUCAUUUGGCAACUCCAAGAACAGCAACAGGAAGUGUACCAAAUGGCAAUAUGACAUCAUCUGGCACCAGUACCUGAUAUUAAAUUAAUUAAACGUAUGGACAUUAAAUAGUAACCUGCACAUUGAGUGAAAACAAUAAUAAUAAUAAUUGUUGAACACUAGUUUAAUUAAGAACAAGUUUUAUCUAAAAAUAUGAUUGUUUAUAUAUUGCUGACAGGAGGUUAUCCAUUACCAAUGGUUGAGUGGUGCUGACAUACAAAGAAUUUUUUUUGUCGUGUGAGCAUUCUACAAUCUAGGUAAUGAUAGUAAUUUUACAUUUUAAGUGUAUUUAUUGUACCUUGUAUUGGAUUUAUAAAUUUUCCUUCCUUGAA